CGGGAACGAUCCUAUAUGUUUCAGUAGACAAAAAAAACACCGGCGGCUGACUUGGGACAGCAUAUGUCUUAUCCUUCAUGGAGGCAAUCCUGAGCAUUACCUCCGAAGGGGCCAUCGUAUCUAUAGGGCCUACCGAACGCGUUCUUAGCCACGCUUCUUCUUCCAUCGCCGUCCUGCUCGUCUCGUCCGCCAUCUUCGUCAAGCGCGCCGGUAGCGCAUUAUCUGUUGGCGUGGGCUUGAUUGCUAUUCUGGGGUUUGGCGAUCGCUUGAAUAGGUGGGUGAUCGAGUGGACGACGCUGGAGACAGAUUUAGGCGCUAUCGCACGGCUAGAGAGCUUCGCGAGUGAUAUACCGGCUGAUGAGGAGGAGGACGCCGAUGCAUUCGCACAAGUGCUAGAGGACUGGCCGCAAAAUGGGGACAUCGAGUCCCCACGUAUCCGCCUCUUAUACCCAUCUCCACGUUCCUUCCUUCUAUCCCCACAUUCCCUCAAAAUCCUCGAUAGCUAAACCCUAACACGCAUCCUCGAGAUUCCCAUAAACCCCAACAC